GAUUAAAUGUUUUAAUUGUCCAUUUUUAAAAAAUUUCUACAAUUUUCUCUCUCCUCUAUAAUCAAAAAUCAAAUCUUUUACACCUUUGCCUCUCUAAAACUCCAUCUCCAAAAAGGCUUCUCUCCUCCAUUACCACCACCACCACCAACUAUCUUCUCCAAGAAAACCAUAAGAUUCCUUUCUUUCUUCCCACUAUUCUCCUUUUCUUGUUUUCACCUCUCUCUUCCUUAUCUUCAACUCCAUAUCCUCCUCACCUUAAGAGAAGAACAAGAGAGAGAAAGCAUAACAACCAAAAACAAACACCCAUUGUCAAUUUGCAACACAAUAUCCCUUCAACCCACCAAAUCAAUCCCUCAAAAAUUUCACAUUCUGAACAAAACCCAGAUAUCAAUUUUCAAUUUGAAUUAAAACCCAGAAAUUUGUUUAUCAUUUCAUUUCUUCAUUGUUCUGGGUUUUGGAUAUAAUAAUCUGGUGACAAGAAGAAAUAGAUUUCUCCUUUCCCAAUAUUUUGGAUUUGAAUGAAGUAAAAUGCCUCAUAAUCAUAUAGAUAAUACCCCAUCAACACCAGGAAAGUUCAAGAUGGAGAAAUCUCCAUACAUUCAUCAUCACCAUCGUUUGAGAUGGCAUUCAACUCCCCUCGUGAAAUUGACUUUCUGGUCAUUCAUAUUUCUUGGUCUCAUAUUAAUCUUCUUUUUCAGAUCAUCUUCCUCAACACCAUCAUCAUCAUCAGGAAUUGCAGAUUCCACCCGACGUUCUCUCCGAACCUUCUCAUGGGGCGGCCCAUCUUGGGAGAAACGGGUCCGAAACUCUGCUCGGGUGCGAGCUGCAAAUGGGUUCUCUGUAUUAGUCACAGGUGCGGCUGGAUUUGUCGGUACCCAUGUAUCUUCUGCCUUGAAAAGAAGAGGUGAUGGUGUAUUGGGUUUAGAUAAUUUCAAUGAUUAUUACGAUCCAUCAUUGAAGAGAGCUAGACAAGCUUUAUUAGAAAGAAGUGGGGUUUUUAUUGUAGAGGGAGAUAUAAACGAUCAAGCUUUAUUGAAGAAAUUAUUUGAAGUAGUGGCUUUUACUCAUGUGAUGCAUUUGGCUGCACAAGCUGGGGUUAGGUAUGCAAUGCAAAACCCUGGUUCUUAUAUUCAUAGUAAUAUUGCUGGUUUUGUUAAUUUACUUGAAGUUUGUAAAUCUGCAAAUCCACAACCUGCGAUUGUGUGGGCAUCAUCUAGUUCUGUUUAUGGAUUAAAUACAAAAGUACCCUUUUCUGAAAAAGAUAGAACAGAUCAACCUGCUAGUUUAUAUGCUGCAACUAAGAAAGCUGGGGAAGAAAUUGCACAUACUUAUAAUCAUAUAUAUGGACUUUCACUUACUGGCUUGAGAUUCUUUACAGUUUAUGGACCUUGGGGUAGACCAGAUAUGGCUUAUUUUUUCUUUACCAAGGAUAUAUUGAAAGGGAAAUCAAUACCCAUCUUUGAGGCUGUGAAUCAUGGCACUGUAGCUAGGGAUUUUACCUAUAUUGAUGAUAUUGUGAAAGGGUGUUUAGGUGCAUUAGAUACGGCUGAGAAGAGUACUGGUAGUGGGGGAAAAAAGACUGGCCCUGCUCAAUUGAGGGUGUUUAAUUUGGGUAAUACAUCACCUGUCCCGGUUUCUGAUCUUGUUUCAAUAUUGGAGAGGCUUUUGAAGGUUAAGGCUAAGAAAAUGGUGACGAAAUUACCUAGAAAUGGAGAUGUGCAAUACACACAUGCUAACAUUAGCUAUGCUCAGAGGGAGCUUGGGUAUAAGCCUACCACUGAUUUGCAGAGUGGAUUAAAGAAGUUUGUUAGAUGGUACAUCAGUUAUUAUAAACCAGGAGGGAAGAAGAGUGCCGUUUGAGGAAUUCGUGCUAUGCUUAAGUUAUUCAAUGUUGCUUGCACCACGGUAGAAUUUUUUUCAAUUCUUUUUUAUUGAUUCUUCGUAUGAUUGUUUUUUCGAGGUUUGUCUACUUGCUCACAUUAUGUUCUAUUUGUGUAAUCUUAUGAUACUUUACAAUGAGAGAUUACUUGCUUCUUCCUGAGAAGUUUUGGGAUUACAGAACAUCAUUUUAGGCAAUAUAAGCUGUACAAGAUUUUUCAAUAUCUCAUUUUUACUAUCUUCCUUAAGAAUUUAAUUCGUUGUAGUUUCAGAAAAUGUAGAAUUCGUGAUUAAUAGAACGUAUGUUGAUUUGUGCACAUGUAUUAUUGCUUUCCAAUUUGAAUAAAACUCGGAUGCAUUGCUUUGUAUGUGUUCCA